AUGCAAUCAACCCGACUCGAGCUGGUCCAUUUAACCAUAGACCAUUUACCAGGUUACUUCUCAGUGAAAUCUGAUAUGGAAGUUGUAAAAUGGAGCUCUCCCGGCCCAUUGACCUCGAUACAAGAAGCAGAAGAAGAGCUAUUACGAGACUUGUCGGAAGAUAAUCGCGAAACAUUCGCAAUUCUCCUCCGCGAUGACCUUGACCCCAAGACAAUUGAAGAGUGGCAAGGCCCAGAAGCCAAAGAUGGGAGCAAUGCUCUCGUACCUGGAGGGUUUGUCGGCUUUAUAGGCGUCUAUGAUCUUCAUCACGUGGCUCAAGUCUUCUAUACUAUUCAUCGAUCUGCAUGGGGGCUCGGAAUUGCAACUGAAGCACUACUGGCGUUCACGGAGUUGUUCUGGAUCCUUCACCCCGACCACUAUCGGUUGCUGGGACGUUGUGAUACUGAGAAUCCGGCUUCGGGGAGGGUAUUAGAGAAGUCGGGGUUUGAAUACUAUGAUUUUAUAUGUGCGGAUGAGUUUCAGCCGUGGAUGGUACCUCAUGCUCGAGAUAGUUUGCGUUUUGUAUUGGCUAAGCCGGGGUACACUUUUGAUUAG